ACUUAUUUUCGGGUCGAAAUUAGUAGCACCCAAUCAUAGCGCAGAAUUCAAAGUUGAAGUGGUUACACCUUUCAAUUCGUGGCGAUGGCGACGACGCAGCGACCUCGGCAGUCGACGCUCCAGCGAAGAAAGCGCUCGCCUCGCCCUGAUGUGGAGACAACCCGUCUGCCAUACCUGAGAGACGCGGCGCUGCGGUUGAAGGACAGUCGGCACCACGUGGAACCUGGGGCUUGGACGGCGCCGAUAAUCGCAGAGGAGCGACACGAAAGUGAGCAGAAUCCAUCGGAUACCACGAAUAGACCAUGUAUUGGAGCACAAGGCAAGAAAUUGAAGGUGAAAAGAGCUAACAAGUAUGCUCCACGACUCUCGCCAGGUCUUAAAUACAGCAAGUUCCCUGAAGAUGAUUCAGUGGGAUGUGUACCAAAGCUACCGGAGUUAGAUGAACGAGUUAUAAUUUUAUAUCAUUCUUCACUUAAACGUGCGUGGAAACAGCAGCAGAAACAACUGAAAGACACUAGGAAGACUCCUUCGUUGACUCACUAUGGUCAUGAAGCCAUUUAUGCAGCUACCCAGAUCCAGAAGAUUGUGCGGGGUGUAAUAGCUCGCAGAGAGUGGCGAGCAUUCUAUUGUCUACGGAAUCAGAGCGCAGCAGCAAGGAUUCAGUUUGCAUAUCGACGCACUGUGGUGUGUCGGAGAGUGCUUGCGCGACUGGCAAAGAAGAGGAAUGAUCGAGCUACUCAAAUACAAGCUUGGUAUCGAGGGCAUCAAUGUCGCGAUCUGCUGCUUUAUCAGCACAUUCGAGUCAUGAACCAGAGAAUCGCCAAUUUCCAGAAAUAUAUCCGUGGCCGACGUUUAUGGCAUAUUGUGAUGGCGAUUGUACAUAAGCGACGCAGCGAUUUAGCUACAGAAAUUCAACGCUGCUAUCGAGGGUGGAAAGGAAGGCAACGUGCGGUUGCGAUUCGAUUUGAACAAAAUCGAUACCUACGGGAACUAAUUCGAGAGAGCGGAAUCCAUGCCCAGUGUUCAAGAUGCAACGGCUGUGAGUUGGACAGCUGUACUGAAGAUUCGCUCUUUGCAUGCUUCAUGGUACGUUAUGUGGGUCUUCACGACUUCAAAGGAGCAAAAACUCUUUGUGAAGAGGGUUUGCGGCUUUUUCCGUCGUCGGCCAAGUUCGUUUUUUUCUAUGCGAUUCUUUUACAAGCCAUGGGUGAAGAUAUUGAGACCUUCAUGGUGUUUCUGAAACGAGCAAAAGAGAUCGGCAUCACCAACGACGAACUAUCUGUGUGCGAGACCCAUUUCUUCCAACCUGCUCAUUUGCUGCGUCCCGAUGAUGCUCAAGCGUUCCUAGAUUUGGCGAUUCUGUGCCAAAGCCGUGACCAGCUACCUCGAGCAGAAGCACACUACGCGAAAGCGCUGGCCCAAUUACCUAAAGACUAUGUCAUUCCUGGCUAUCUGCAUCGCGUGAAUAUGUUGGAUCGCAUGCUACUUAACUACCAUCGAUUCUGCUCGAUCUUCAACUUCCGACAAGUCAAUGUGCUACAGAAGGAAGUCUUCACAGCAAAAAAGGGCAAGAAGGUCCGGCUAAUGGUUUCGAAGCUCAAUCACUACACCGCAAUAACCCCUAUGGACAGUCCAACAACCUGUCGUAUUAACGCUCUUUACUUGACGGACGAUGAAGCUCUCAGCAUUAUGAAAAUAUCAGACAGUGGAGAUGAAGACAGUAAGGAGCUUAAAACUGGAAAUACGCCCAAAUACGCCGGAGCAAGGAGGAGAAGCAGUGUGAAUGCCUCAAUGAGGCAGCAAACCCAUCGCUCGGCAUCGAAAGAAAUCCCAGAACAAACGCCACGGAUGUUUUCAAAGACAACUGCGAUAACCCAGAUUUACCAGCAAGAGAUUGUUGGGUUAAAUGCCAAGCCAAGCGAUCUUGCACAAUUUUCAGAAACGCGUUCAAAGCUUCGACUAUCCAAAACAAGUGCUGAGUUUCUGCUCAAUGCCUUAGUUUUUGUUGAUCCGGUCGCAAGCGAAGCCGAGCCAUCGUACCAAGCAUACAAAAGCCAAGUCGUCCAUAAAGUAAUGCUGAUCCCGUCCAUACUAAAACGUCGACAGCAGCACCAGAGCGCUAUGGUUUGUUCGCGAGCAGCUAUUGAUAUUGAGAGGGUGUAUCGAGGAUUUCGACUCCGAGCUGAGGUUCGGCGGGAACGAUUUCUUAAUGCUAUUAGGCAGAAACAGGCAGACGAAAUGUACCGCCAACUUCACGAGAAUUACAUGCUUCGAGAACUGAGGCGUUCUAGUGCUGUAGCUAUCCAGAAAAUUUACAAGGGAUACGCGUUCCGAAAGCUGCUUCGACUGUGGCAAAUCCAGGCAGGCGAAAUCCAACGGAUCUUCCGCGGCUACCGUGGCCGACUGAGAGCUGCAGCAUUCCGUGAUGGGACUUGCACAUUCUACAUGGCACAGCGGGUCUUUCAGCGAGGAGUGAACAUCAGUGGACAUCGUGUCAUGCUCAUCAUCGAAAAGUGUGGUCUAUCAUUUCGACUGGAUGGCUACGAUCUGGAAUCGUGCAUCACUUACAACGGAUUCUUCUCGCAUUCGAGCUCAAUGAAUCUCAUGUGUUAUCUCAAUUGGACCUACGCUGAUUCGCUAUGUGGACGAGAAUUUACUCGUAAAGGCGACAAGAUCUCCAUUCGCAGCGUGUCUUCAAUCAAUCGCUUAACAGCUGAGUGCUUCGUUCUCUGCGUCGGAAGCACAUUAUCAGACUUGAUUGUUCCUCUUGCAGACUGUAUCCAAGCCAUAAAUUUGCGAAAUUUCAGUGCUGGAGACAAGGAAACACCACUAUUACCGUUGCCGAUGACGGUCGACGAUACUGCGCGGCUUGUUGAGGCCAUAGCAGAACGUGUGAUCUUGGUCCCAGCGCUUCGAAUGGCUACGCAAGACCUCAAAGCAAAGGCUUCAGCUGGCUUCACCAUUUCAGUUCAACCCCCGCCGAACAUGCAUUUCACUUACCAACGGAAGCCGAACUUCAGGAGUUCGAGACCUCAUGCCAACACCUCCAGUUCGUCCGCGCUUCAGUUUGUAUACCCUGUUACUGAUGGUCUGCGAGGUGUGAGCAUUGGAACGAAGCAUUUCCGAAAAAAAUGUUCACGACACGCUGUUCAGUUUACUCGCUGCCGCUGUUUGUUGCCUAUUAUCUCCACGUCAGCACACAUUGAAGCUAUUAGCCGAGCACUCGCACCACCAUCGAAAUCUUCAGAAUCAUAAAGUCGUUUAUUUAUCAUCGUUGGUGCCGGACGAUAUUGGAGUUACUGGCAUAAAGUACCGGUGUAUGGCAUCUCGAAAGCGUUUGCCAUAAAGGCCCGGUUCUAUAAUGGUAGGAGACGAUUGUCCAGCGAUCAUACCGACAGACUUGCCGACACUCUCAACUCUUUUGAUUAGAUCGAAUUGACGCAGGUAGUCAAUGAUACCAGCGGUCAUUUCCGAUGGAUCCUCCUCCUUCUCUCCAGUGUCGCCUUGUCGAUAACUUAGUCCCAUAACCAUCGAGUAGUCCACGAUGUUGAUCGAGUAGAGAAAUGCAGUAUCGUUCUCCACCGCCUUCAAUAUAAACUCGUGGUCCUCUGCUAGCACACCCACGGGGUGGCCUUUGGUAAACUCCAAGAAGUUGCCGUCCAGCAGUACAUGGUUACUGGUAUCAUUUUCCGAGGUAGGUCGCGGCUUGGCAAACCGGUUCCGAGAGCUUCCCUUGAGAUCGUAGGUCCGUGUGAGCUGCUUUUGGUAGAACGCAUUUUCCAUGACACAGAUGUAUUGCACCGUCUUCUGUCCGGAAUCCUUUCGAGUAAUGGUAGUCUGGAAAAGCCCGACAGUCUUUGAUAAAAGACUGGCUCGUCCGUCAAAGUAAAUACUCGCC